CAAACUGACAACAUAUACCACCCCUGAUUACGCUUCUUUCCUCCACCGGCUCAUCUAGAUUAAUCCUUACCCUACGGAAGCUCCCUUCAUACCAGAAGCCGAUUCUCCACCUCAAAGCGAAGCUGAAGAUUAGGGCUUUCUCUCACUAAUUCCGAAGUCUCUUACACUGAUUUGCCCCAAAGCUAGCACUACUCAGUCGCCUCCAUUUCUUCAUGUUCUUGAGUAGGGGUGCUCCAGAUUCGAAUCGACCUUCUACUUCUUCUCUGUUUGGUCUUCUCUGCUCGGUGGGUGGAUUGUAUUAGCAAUAUCCGCUAUUGCUUUUCUUUUCCACAAAAAUCGUCUUCCCCCCUUCGCAUACAACGUCGACUGAUAAUAGCAGACCAAUGGAGUUUUGGUUUUUAGAAAGUUGUUCCAUUUCUUGUCUCACCUUCAUUUUGUGUUUGUGGUUGGUAUAUCCACAGAAGAGAAUAAAUGGAGUUUCUAAGUUUCUUGACUUUAGUACCCACCAGGUGUGGAGCCAUAGACAUUUGAACAAUACGUUUAUGAAGUUGUUUUCAUCUCUGCAGGUUGUCCACAUGAAGUUAGAAAUAGACAGCUACCGUUUGAAGGUCAAAGACCAAAUAUCAACUGUAUGCUGCAAUGAAGGCUGCAGAGUUAGGUUUUUCUUCAAAAUCAGGAACUGUUUAUGCUAUUAAAGGGCAAUUUAGUCAAUCUUAAAGAUUGCAAGUUAUUACAUAGUUUUUUGAUCAUGAAAGGGCGAGAUUGGAAUACAAAAAGGAAAAAGGGAAAGAACUAAAGAAGUAAAAGCUUUUUACACAGUUUUAGGCAGGUUUGGUUAAGGCUGUAAGGGCAUUUUUCUUUCUUUUUUACCAUUCUGUUGACUGUGAAAUUGAUCUGCGUAAUAAGGAGACUCCUC